AUGAGCACUCACGACCAAGUUGGUGACAAGGUGCCUGCUGACAUCAGAGUGACCUCUAUAAAGUCUACCACCCUGCGAGUGGACCAGUCCAUCCUCACAGGGGAGUCUGUGUCCAUCAUCAAACACACUGACCCUGUUCCUGACCCCAGAGCCGUCAACCAGGACAAAAAGAACAUGCUGUUUUCUGGCACAAACAUAGCUGCAGGCCGCGCUAUAGGCGUGGUCAUCGCCACCGGCGUUUCCACAGAAAUCGGUAAAAUCCGUAACCAGAUGGCAGCUACGGAGCAUGAGAAGACGCCUCUGCAGCAGAAGCUGGACGAGUUCGGGCAGCAGCUCUCAAAGGUCAUCUCCCUGAUCUGUGUGGCUGUGUGGGUCAUCAACAUCGGCCACUUCGGGGACCCCGUCCACGGGGGCUCUUGGGUCAGAGGGGCCAUCUAUUAUUUCAAGAUUGCCGUGGCCCUGGCUGUGGCCGCCAUCCCCGAGGGCCUGCCUGCUGUCAUCACCACCUGCCUGGCCCUCGGAACGCGUCGCAUGGCCAAGAAGAACGCCAUCGUCCGCAGCCUGCCGUCAGUAGAGACCCUGGGCUGUACCUCUGUUAUCUGCUCCGACAAGACGGGGACCCUCACCACCAACCAGAUGUCUGUCUGCAAAAUGUUCGUUGCAGACAAGGUGGAAGAUACAAGCUGCAGCCUCCAUGAGUUCAAUAUAACUGGAUCUACAUAUGCCCCUGAGGGACAAAUACUGAAAGGAGACAAGCCCGUCCAGUGCGGAGACUUUGAUGGACUUUUGGAGUUGGCCACCGUGUGCUCAAUGUGCAAUGACUCUUCACUGGACUACAAUGAGGCCAAAGGGGUGUAUGAGAAGGUGGGUGAGGCCACAGAGACGGCUCUCAUCACCCUGGUGGAGAAGAUGAACGUCUUCAAGACUGACCUGUCCGGAGUCAGCAAGGUGGAACGUGCCGGUAUCUGCAACUUGGUGAGCUACAUGUUAAUGAAGAAAGUGUUGCAGUAA